AUGCCCCUCUUCUCCCGCAUCUUCGGGCGAGACGGCGAAGCGAAGCGGAAAAAGCAGGAGCAGGCGGCCAAGGAGGAAAAGGCGGCGAAGAAGCUGCAGCGUCGCAGUCGGUCAGAGCUGCAGCAGCGGGAGGCGCAGAACAGUGCGACGACGCUAUCGAGCGAGGGGCGGACAUCCUCGCCCGAAGCGGUCGACAUGCUCAAGAUUCGCUCGAGCGGGUCAAACUCGACUUUCCUCUCGUCGAAGGGCAUGUCGUCAACGUCCAUCGACUACUUGCCGAAGCUUGAUCUUGGCAACUCCCCGCCGGCGGUCGCCUACAUCAAGCCGUCGACGCCGUCUCCUCCUCUUCCGCAGACUCUCGCUCGAGGCGCUUCAACAGUCCAGGUCCGACCCACGCCCUCACCCAUCCAGCCCGGCCAGUACUCGGCGAGUCACUCGAGGCACUCUUCGGCAGAAUGGGACGCGUACCUCGCGUCGCGGAAGGUGGCCGUCGCCAAGCCGGAGGUCAAGCGCGCCUCGCGGACUGUCUCGCUUCUCUCGCCGACGCUUCCUGCGCUCAGCGGCGCGCGAAUCUCUAGUGAGGACGACGAUGACGAUGAUGUGCCUCUUGCCGCCGUCGCCGCCCUCCGUUCCCGCUCGUCGCCUUCUCUUCCUCGUCCCGCAACCUUCUACUCCCUCUCGCCUCCCUCGCCCUCGAUUCGCCCUCACGCCUCCUCCUCAACCUCCGCUCUCGUCCCUCCACGAUCCGGCUCCCGGGCCUCCCUGACGAUGCCCGCCAUCCUCGCCCAACCCGUCUCGCCGCCCCUGCCUUCAUCCUCAUCCUUUGCUCACCCCCGCACGCUCGGCGAAAUCGGCCGGCGCAACACCCUCAUCGACCUCUCCGCACCCUCGACCUUCGAUCCGUAUCUCAACAAGAAGCGGCAGGACCAGGAGCUUGCGAAGGAUGCGGAGAGGAUCGUGGUGGGUGAGAGGCGGAAGACGAGUCCGACUGUUGGAGCGAAGAGGCAGAGCGAGAAGGGGAGGGAGUCCGGACCGAAGAUCAUGGACUUUGGAGAGCUGGAGGAGAGGCACAAGAAGAGGUUGUCGGUCAUGCAAGGCUCGGCGAACGACAAGGUCGCUACCGACGCAGCUCGCGCGUACUACACCGACCGCCAGCGCGAAGAAGCCGAAGCGCAGCGCCGCCGCGAAGCUCGUCGCAGCGUCGACUCGAACCUGCAUCUGCUCGGCACGAAGGGUCGCUCGAGCUCGCCGACCGAGACGAAGGAGAAGGAGGCGAGGAGGCGGGCGAGCGCGAGUGUCGGAAGUUUGAGCGGCCUACUCAAGCGUGAGCAGUCGAGCAAGUCCGACGAGGACAUCCCGCUCCAGCACCUGCCCCGCGGCGUCUCGUCGACCACCAUCGACUCCGCCCGCCCUCGCCCUCGUCGCUCAUUCACCGAAGCUGUCGGCUCUCACUCCGCUUCGACCUCGCGCACUCGCCCUCCUUUCCUCCGCGACACCCGCAUCCGCCGCCACUCGCUCGGCACCCUCCUCGAAGUCUCGCACGACCAAGCCGAUAUCGUCGACAAGAUCGAGGAGAUUUCGCUCGAGGACGCCGAGGUUGCCAGUCCGAGGAUCGCGAAAGUCAAGGAGUGGAGGAGGCAGUCGCUCGUCAAGCCCGUCGCCUCUCAACCCUCGUCGUCGUCGUCGAGGUCCGUCGAGGCUCUCGCCGCCGGCGCUGGCGAGGCGGUCGCGCUGCAGAAGGAGGCAGCGAAGGUUCCCGCCAAACCAGCCAAGAAGGCGCACGACUGGCUCUCGUACUAA